CUCUCACUCACUCACUCUCUUUAUUUCUUUUCCUCAUUUUCUUGUAUACUAUCGUCUUCGAAUACUGAAUUAUCUUUCUUCCUUUUGUUCCUAUUAUUCUCUAUUAUUCUCUUUUCUUUUUUUUCUUUGUCCAACACCUACAGAGCACUCGGGGCAGUUUCUAGCCUCAUUCGUUCAUUCACUCACUACUCCUUAUGAUUUGAAUCCGACCACCCAAGCAAUCAAAUAAUCUUUGUUAUAAUAAACCGCUAUGAGCACCCCACCGCCAUCAUGAUCCUCGGACCCGUAUCUCUCAUCGACUGCCUCGUCUUCUGUAUCUACCUCACUCCACAGCUCCUCUAUCAAGCAGGCUUUUUCCCUACCGCAGCCGUCGUCCUCAGGGUCAUCCCAUUUCUAUUGGUCACGCUUCCUAUCCAGUUCGUGUGGAACCGCUAUUGCAGGAGCUAUGCCUCCCACAAGUCUUCGUACCUAAAAGGCUCUACCAUCUUCGAAGAUGUCGUGAUCCGGUGCGUGCGAUAUGCAUUCGCCAGCAUACCAGCCAACGUCGGCAGGGUCUUCUUUUCCAAGGACGUGGCGCUGCCCUUUUUGAGAUGGCGCAUGAAGAGACAUGGAUUUAAAGACUUUCCAGUCUAUUGGAAAGAAGAAACUAUUGGAGAGGGAGACGCCAAGGUCAAGGGAAUCUGGAUCAAACAGCGCGGCGAGGAUGAGCCGGAUAUUGUGAUUUACUACGCCCACGGCGGCGGGUUUGCCAUGGGAUCGAGCUACUUCUACUUUGAGUUUCUUCUAGCAUGGCAUAGCCUAUUAGUUGAUGCCGGGUACCAAAACCCUGCCAUCUUUGCCUUGGAUUACAGCCUAGUUCCGGACGAGAUUUAUCCUACGCAGAUUCUCCAGACGCUCCAGGGCUACAAGCACGUGUUAGAGGUGGCCAAGGAUGCCUCCAAGGUGUGUGUUGCUGGAGACUCUGCCGGUGGCACGUUGAUCCUCAGCAUGCUGCUCGAGGUUGGGAUGCAGGUGCAGAGCCAGCAGGCUAUGCGAGUUAAAUUGGGCAGGAAGGGCAGCCCGGAGGGGUUUCGACCAGACUUUGCCAUACCGCGAAUGGCCAUGCUCAUCUCUCCUUGGAUCACGUUGGCUUCGAGCCUCCACUUCCCCUCCCCUGUCGACUAUUUGAAUAGAGGCACCCUCUGGAAAUACGGGCACCAAUACGCUGGAGACACAAUGAUACAUGGUGGCAUGGCGUCGCCCGGAAGGUGUGACGACGUCAAGCUGUGGAAAGCAGCCAGCCCAGAGCGCGGCUACUUCAUCACCUACGGCGGAGAAGAAGUCUUGGCACCGGAUAUCGAAAACUUCGUGGGGCGUCUGGGCGCCGGCAAGGUUGAAAUCGAAGCUCGGCGGUUCGACGGUGCGAUUCAUGCAUGGCCCGUGGCGUCGCUGUUCCUGUCCAGCACGAGGAGGAAGCGGCUGUACGGACUGCGGACUAUAGUAGGGGAAAUUAGAAAACGGUUCGACAAAGCACCGGCAGGCAAAGUAAAGUGGGAUGGGAGGCUGUCAGAUUAGAUCAAGUUCAACAAUGUAAUCAUGGUGACCAAUAGACGGAAAGUCGGGAACCAGAGCGCUGGGGGCUCGGCUUCGUCAUUUCCUGAUCAGCUCAGAUUUAAAGCUCACUAGUUUUUAUCAUCGCACAGCCAGGGGAAGAGAAGAAGGAAGAGGAGAGGAACAUGGUUGAUGUGGUUGGUUGAAAAUGGGAUCAAGGAAAUGCUUGCUUACCGACGGUGCGAUUCGGUGCCUGGUGCGGGUUCUGCAUCGUCUCUAGGCAGCUCCAGGCAGCUUAGCGC